AUGAGCGUCCUCCCCCAAAUUGAUCAAGAUAAAACUGUCCCAGAUGCAUGGGACUACACCGGCAAGCCUGCCGUCAAAGCCAAAACCGGUGGCUGGGUCGCCGCUGCCAUGAUUCUAGGCCCGGAGGCAGUGGAGAGGAUGACGACGCUCGGGAUCGCAGUCAACUUGGUCACAUAUAUGACCGACACAAUGCAUCUGGGCAAUGCUGCCGCCGCCAACGAUGUCACCAACUUCCUCGGAACCUCCUUCAUGCUCUGUCUCUUCGGUGGCUUUGUCGCCGACACUUUCCUCGGCCGGUAUCUGACGAUUUCAAUUUUCGCAACGGUUCAAGCAAUGGGUGUAACUCUCUUGACAAUUUCCACCAUAAUUCCAAGUCUCCGACCACCAAAAUGUUCGCCGGCGUUAUCAACCACCCCAUGCAUUCCAGCUGACAGCAAGCAGCUAGCAAUUCUCCACACAGCAUUAUACUUAACGGCGCUCGGCACCGGCGGCCUAAAAUCGAGCGUAUCGGGGUUUGGUUCCGAUCAAUUUAUCGAAACAGACAAAGAGGAGAGAAUAAAGAUGUCCAACUUCUUCAACUGGUUCUUCUUCUUGAUAAGCCUUGGGUCACUUGCAGCUGUGACAGUCCUUGUUUACAUUCAAGACAACUGGGGCAGGCAAUGGGGAUAUGGGAUAUGUGCUUGUGCCAUUGUGUUAGGCUUGGCUAUCUUCCUGAUGGGGACUCGACGCUACCGGUUCAAGAAAUUGGUCGGUAGCCCGUUGACACAGAUCGCCGCCGUGUUCGUCGCCGCAUGGAAGAAGAGGAAGCUGGAUUUGCCAUCGGAUUCGUCGUUGUUGUUCCAAAUCGAAGACGCUGUAGAUGGAUCUGGGAAGAAGAAGCAGAAGCUUCCUCGCUCCAAGCAAUUCAGGUUUUUGGAUAAGGCGGCGAUCAAGGACGAAGAAAUUGUUGGCAAUGUAGUGAACAAGUGGACGUUAUCAACCCUAACUGACAUUGAGGAAGUUAAAUUAGUUCUUCGAAUGUUACCAAUUUGGGCAACCACCAUUAUUUUCUGGACAGUCUAUGCCCAAAUGACCACGUUUUCAGUGUCACAAGCCACCACCAUGAACCGACACGUCGGAAAAUCCUUCGAAAUUCCAGCAGCCUCCCUCACUGCCUUCUUCGUCGCCAGCAUCCUCUUGACGGUCCCGAUCUACGACCGAUUCAUCGUCCCAUUAGCGUCGAGGGUUUUGAAGAACCCACAAGGUCUCUCUCCGCUGCAGCGUGUCGGGGUCGGCUUGGUUCUAUCCAUAAUUGCCAUGAUCGCCGCGGCGCUGACGGAGAUAAAGCGACUGAGGGUGGUGGAGGCACAUGGAUUGGUGGACAAGCCGCUGGCGGAGGUGCCAUUGAGUGUGUUUUGGUUGUCGCCGCAAUUUUUAAUAGUGGGAUCAGGUGAGGCAUUCACGUACAUGGGGCAAUUGGAUUUCUUCCUAAGGGAGUGUCCUAAAGGGAUGAAGACAAUGAGCACAGGGCUGUUCUUGAGCACACUUUCUUUAGGGUUUUUCUUCAGCUCAUUGCUGGUUACAAUUGUGGGAAAAGUGACAGAAAAUGGGAAGCCAUGGAUUCCAGACAACCUUAAUGCAGGGAAGCUCUAUGAUUUCUAUUGGCUAUUGGCAAUUUUGAGUGUGUUGAAUUUGGUGGUGUUUUUGUUUUGUGCAAAGUGGUAUGUGUACAAGGACAAGAGGUUGGCUGAGCAGGGUGUUGAACUGGAGGACUAUGGGCCAUCUUCCCAUGCAUAG